GGGUGUAGGUCACGAAGCAAUGCCAAUGGUGGGGAGUCACAAGGCAGUCAGACAGUCCGCAACUGCCGAUAGCCGCGAGCGCAUCCAUCGCGCAGACAUGGGUUUGCUUCCACCGGUAUAAACAGAAUACUGGUUCUUCACCUAAUCGAAAGUGACCUCCUUCCCACCGUUGUGACCCAAUGAUGACAAGCUAUUGGUGAAUUAUAGGAAAGAAUAAACUAAAUCUUAUACGUGACAGUGUUGGUAGAAAGUGAACAAUUUAAAGGAUUUUCAGAUUAUUAAGGAUUGUCGACAGUAUGGUGCGGACACGGCCACGUUUGCGGCUCUGGUUGUUCAUAAGUCUUGUUCUGGGUAUUCUUCAUUCAACCAAAGGAGAAUGCCCUUGGGAUGGUCCUCCAGGUUUACAAACAGCAUGUGUCUGUGCACUCAGUUUAGCAAGAGAUUUGUCAGUCCAAUGUGAUCAGGUUGACUUUUUUGGGCUUUUAACGGCGCUAAAUUCGAGUGCUCGAAGUGUAUCGUUGGACCUGUUAUAUAUAAAUAAUUCAACGAUUCCUUUACUCAGGAAUGACAUGUUUCUACAUCUGAAAAUACAUAAUCUCCAAAUAUCAGGAUGUAAAAUUAAAAAAAUAGACGACAAUGCAUUUAGAGGGCAAACUAUGUACUUGAAAAAUUUAAAUCUCCAAGAUAACGUAUUGACGGAAGUCCCAACAAAGGCUUUUAAAAUAUUGACUAAUCUCUCGCUAUUAGAUAUUUCUAAAAAUCGAAUUACACAUAUAGAUAAUCACGCGUUUAGUACUCUCCGUAAAUUAACCACAUUAAAGAUGUCAGAUAAUAACAUAACAUUAGCAGCUAACGCUCUUUCCGGAUUGGAAAACUCGUUGAAAAAUUUAAACCUUAAAGGAACUAAGCAAAAAGUCGUGCCAGAAUGUAUUAGAGGACUUCGUAAUUUGGCAUUUCUCGAUUUGUCACAGAAUAGUAUACGAGAACUACCUGGUCCUGAUGGAAUUCGUACUUUUGAAGGGUUAAAUUCACUAACAGCCCUUAAUUUAGAAAGAAAUUUAAUAGUUACUUUAAGAGAAGAUGCUUUUGUUGGAAUAAAAGCAACAUUAACUUCAUUGAGUCUCUUAAACAAUCUUUUACCAGAGUUUCCGACUGCGGCAAUCGGAACAUUAAGUGAUUUAAGAGUUUUAGACAUUGGGUUCAAUUUAUUAAAUAAACUUCCUACUGAUGCGUUUUUGAACAAUCCAUCAGUAACAUUGCUAGCUUUAGAUGGCAAUCCACUGGCAACGGUGCCAGUUGAAUCUUUUAUUCAUCUUAAUCAAACACUACGAGGGCUUAGCUUAGGGGGAAGAUUUUUGAAUUGCGAUUGCCGUCUAAGAUGGAUAAUUGAAUGGAUACGAAAUGGUGAACUACAAGUUACAUCUCGUGAAAGGAACCCUCAAUUUUGUGGUAAUCCUCCACAUUUUCGUGAACGUGGAUUCUAUAGUUUGGAACCAAACGAAUUGGUGUGUGAAACUGAAACAACUACAGCUUCAGAAAAAUUGACUACAAAGGAAAUAAGAGAGAACAUCGAGUUGAAGACAAGCACUACCAGUACAACCACAACAACUACUCCUAAGGAAUCUAUAGUCAGUUCAACAUCAUCUGUAUCAAGUCAAUCUGCAGUAAUUAAAAACAAUGAAUUACCUAUCAAGCCAAACUUUACUCAACCUACUACUUUCAGUACAGUACGAACAACUCGUAUUCCCCCCGUAAGACCCGCAGCCCCAAGUUGGCGUCACGCACCAAAUCAAAGGCCUCCCCUUGUUAUGAAUUUUCCUCAACAGAAACCAAAAAUAGAUGAUUCAAAUGAAGUUAUAGUGAAAAAUGCUUAUAGACAAGAUAACGCAGUUAUUAUCCAAUGGGAUUCUGAUGUUGCAAAUAUUCUAGGUUUUAGAGUUGUUUAUCGACUCUUUGGAGAUAAAAGUUUCAAACAAGGUCCACCUUUAGAAGCCAGCGAGAGGGAAUUCAAAAUCAAAAACGUUCCAUCUCAGGAAUGCAUCGUGGUCUGCGUAAUCUCCUUAGAGGAGGUUCACGUAAGCCCCGAAACCGUACCAUACUCGCAAUGUCGUGAAGUUCGUACUGUGUCUGCAUCUGCUUCUAACAUGGACAAAAUCACAAUUGCGGCCAGCGCUGCAAUUUGCGGCACGAUAGUCGUUGCUGUGCUUGUUUUCGCAGCAGCAUCUCGCCGAAGAUCUCGUACCGUUCAUAGAUUGCAUACACAAGCACCUGAGAAACUUCCAAAUGCGUGUUGCGGUGGACUCACUGGUACACCGAGCCCCAAUGGACCACUAUCUUCGUUAGCAACGCUCGGCGCCUUUGGAAAGCAGCGUGAGUGGGAUCAAGUAUCCGCUUACAGCGCACGAUCUAUACCGCGAGCACGUACCUAUACUGAACCUGCUCAUCCCGACCCAUUGCCAGGCCGACCAGGUCGAACGCGCUCUCUUGCUGACGGCCAAUCACAACACAGCUAUUCACAAUCUGGCCGCUACGGAGCACCAGGAUACCCCGGUAGCCUACUAGGAUCACGAACAGAUCUUCGACAGUCUCGUCAGUCUCUAGGGGCUGCAUCUGAACGAGCUUCUCGUCUAUCGCUAAGUGGGGUUGCUGGUGGUGCUACUGGCGGUACAUCGGGAUCUCGGAGGAGACCACGCUCGCGGUCACGGCCUGCCAGUCGGUAUAGCGUAGGCUCCAUAGGAAUGGGUUAUUGCGAUACCUCCGAUAAUUGGACCGACCACGACAUGGAUAUUUACAUGGCGCGAAAUCCCACUACUCGAGGUGGCCUGGUGCCUUUAUAGCGUGCAAGAAGCACGGCGCGGGGAGAAGUGAUGUCGCACGCACUCUGCUCGCCGUCGCGGACGGUCAUCAGGACGUGUACAUCGUCAUGUGUGCAUAAAACCCGCCCGGAAAAGUAUUCGCACCACCAUUGCCACCACUACAACCGCCAGAAGCUUAAGAGAAGCGGGUAUUAACUAUAACCCCAAUGGGUAACGCCACAAAGAUUCCAGCGGUAAUCUCUUUGGAGUCAAAGUUUGUAAAGUUCUUUACCAUUUGAAAUAUCGCGAUAAUUUAUAAAUUAUGAAGACUGAAAAAAUGUCAACGAUUCUUAUUCUAAGUUUACAAGUUCAGGAAUAAAGUGAGUUUUCUCUCCAUUGAGAGGAUACAUCAGUUAUUGUCCUUAGAUUAUAUUUAAAUAAAUAAGUUUCAUACAACUCGACAAUACUAAAUAAAUCAUAGGUAUCUUUGAAACCUUAUAAUGUUUGUCUCAAAUAUAUAUAGGCAGUAACAAUUUACCAUAAUAAAUUAUGUCGAUUUUGUAAUUGUCAAGGUAGUCAUAAUAUCUUGUACUGUUUAAUGAGCCUUUCUGUCUUUUUGAUUUUUACAUAUAAGCGCGAAGGAGGCUGCGCCUAUAUAUGUAAAACUUACUACCUAUAUAAAAGGAUAUUUAUUCAUAAUUUGGUUAGUGAAAACUAGUCACAAUUAUUUUUCAUGUAGGACAUUGCUUUAUCAAAAAUACUCAGAAAAUUAAGCUAAUAAUAAAUCUUCAAUAAGCAUGAAUUACAACUUUCCCUAUUGAUGUUAGAAAAAACUAACAAAUAUUUUGUACAUAUUUGAAACACAAUAAUUAAUGGUUCAUAAUAAUAAAUAUUUUAAUAAGAUUGUACAUAUUAGAUAGAUAAAAUAAUAAAUACACUAGAAAUUAUAUAUUAAACCAAAUACAAUAGAAGCGCAAUCCAAA